UCAUGGCAGAGGAAGCGGUGAAUGCACUACGGGGGAAUUUAACGGAAAAUUGUAAGCUUCCGGUGCCACGUAUUGUUAAAACUUACAUUGCAAGUCAUAAGCACGACUUCAAGGAGGAACGUCGCAUGUUACUCGAAGUAGUGGGACCCGAACUCCAACGACUCUACGAUGAUCGCCAGAUCGAAAUUGAAUUUGUCGAUAUGCAUUUUGGUACCGGUCUGAAUGGUGCUCUUGCCGAACUCAAUCCACAAUAUUUGGAAGAUCACCUGAGUGAAAUCGAAAUUUGUAAACGAGAUUCGAAAAGUGUGUUUUUUAUCGCGUUACUCGGACAAAAUUUGGGUAAUUUUAAUGUUCCGAUGCACAUUGAUGGCGAUGUCUUUGGAAUACUUACAAAAGUGUCGAGUCCGGAGGAAAUAGAAAAGCUCAAUUCGUGGUACAAGUGCUCCAAUGGAAGUUAUAGUUUAGUAACCGAAAAGUACAGUACAAGAGAUUUUAAAGAAAUCUCGGUUGAGUGUGGAAAACUGCAAAAGUUGUUGGAAAGUAAAUUCCAGGAAAUUAUCGCGAAUCAAGAUGCGCACGUUAAUGAACAAAUAUGUGAUAAAAUUAAGCAAUUUCAAGUUAAAGCAUUGGAGCAUGAAAUUAACAAAGCUCUAGAACUAUCAGCGGAAGACAUCGUAGCAAUAUUCCGUGAAUGGACAAAUGGCAAUGAUGGUGAUAAUAAUGACAUUUUGCCGACUCACAAACAGCAAAAUAUGCGUGACGAGACAAAAAUAGCACAUCUAAAGUCAAUAUUGUGUAAAAAGCUGCCAGCGAGCAAUCAUACCACACUCUCAGUGGAGUGGAAUGAAAAUGGUAUCGAUGUCGAUAACGAAAAACAUGAGCAGUAUUUGAACGAGUUUAGACGAACGGUUUUUGUAAUGCUUCAAAAUGCAAUUGAUUCAUCGUUGUCCAGUGACCCGGAUGGCGGUAAACAACGCAAGAAAACGGUUCAGGAAAUUUUUAAUGAACAUUCCACACAUCUCUUGUUCCUGAACGAGCAUCUCGCAUCCAAGGACUUAAUUUAUUCAUCAAUUCCGGAGAAACUCAAGCUCCAUGUAACGCAAAAUUUCCGUGCAAACGCCAAACAUUCGCCGUAUUUGAUUUAUGGCGGUCACGGUAGUGGCAAAAGUUCCAUCAUAUCGCACAUCUACUCGCAGGUCACGUCGUGGUUCGAUCACGUAAAAGUCCAUCGCAUCAUACGAUUUGCCUCGGCAACACCACGUAGCGCCUACAACCUCGAGCUGCUGCGUGUGAUCUGCCAACAAAUGUCCAUCAUUCUAAACAUUCCCGAGGGCUAUUUGCCGAAAGACGCGUCCUUCGAUCCGCUCUACAUCAACACCUGGUUCCAGAAUAUCAUCAAGCGGUGCGAAGAUACGCACAACAAUGAGAUUAUCUUCAUAUUUAUCGAUGACUUGCACAAAAUCAAUCCGCUAGAUUGCGAUGUUGUUGCGGCAUUGUCAUGGCUUCCAAUUAGUUUGCCAUAUAACGUGCAUAUUAUCUGUUCGACGGGCAGUCCCAUUGAUACGCUCAAACUCACGCCAAUGCAAAAGGAACGCUUCAAGGCACCGGACUACUUGUUCGACCUUUCGGCGACAACGGACGAUACCGCAUGCAAGACCGUUGUACGAAAAGCUCAAGAGAAUGAAACGUUUGAGCAAUUUGUCAAUCGAUUUUUUGACGCGAUGGAAGUGGAGUUUGGCAAAGUGGGAUUUUCGCGUUUUACGACGUACCUCACGUGUGCCGAAUACGGGUUGAGUGAGACGGAAUUCUUGGAACUCUUGAUGCCAAUCAACAAUAGUGACGCGUUCCUGGACACGCGUGCGGGAGAUUUUAACUUUUCCACCUUCCGUACACUGAGGAAUCGCAUGAGACCCUUGAUCCGAGAGAAAUUGAUGUCGGGCAAGUUGUUUAUUCAAUGGCGUCACAGUUUGUGUGCCGAAACGACGCGCAAACGAUACAUGGAUCAGGAGAUGGCCCGGCAAGCGCACAAGGAAAUUGUAAAUUUAUUUUUUCCACAGGAGGAAAGCGAAGAGAGUGACGAAAGUCGUACGGAGGAGAAAAGUGAUAAAUCUGGUAAUUUAUUUUCCAAACAAAAAAUGCAUUAUUUUUGUUUCCUGUCAAUUAAAUGUCGCACAAAAAAAAAUAUUUCAGCACAACACGAUGGCGUUUCGACGAAUACGGCACAACAAACGUCAUUCGGGAUGGAUAUCUCUUACAAUAUCCGGCACGUCGAGGAAGCAUGGCAUCAUUUAAUACAGUCGGAUGACACACAAAAAUUAAAGGAAAUUGCUGUAUGCAACUUUGAUUUUCUGCUCGCUGCUGUGCAAACCGUUUCAAUUAGUUAUCUGAGAUGCUUGAUUGAGCACGUCCGCUGCUACAUUCUCGAUCGUGAUAUCGAGCUCGUUUACUACACCAUCAGAAAAUCCAGCGAUGUCUUGACGCGGGACCCGAUGCAACUUGGAGCGCAGAUUAUUUUGUGGUUACGCACCGUUUCGGAUCACGAAGGAGAAAAUUCGUUACUUGGCUGCACCGUAAAAUCGGCCAUUGCUUGUUGUGACGGCUACACGGUCCCUUUGCUGGUUCCGCUCACGGGAUGGCUUCCCGUGCCUCUUCCAUCGCAAAUUCGUUGUAUGACGGUAACGGGAACCGGUGUCAUUAGCAGCUUGGAAGUGUCGUUCGAUAAGCAACACUUGAUAGUGGCGCCAAAAAUCGGAGAUCCGCAAUUGUGGAACAUCAUGAAGAACAGUCUGGUGUACACGUUCAAAGGUCACAGUGCACCCAUCACUUGCAUGACCGUGAUAAAAGGAACGCCGUAUUUGCUGACGGGAUCGGAAGACACAUCCGUAAUUAUUUGGGAUUUGAAAAAGUUGCAGAUGAAACACCGAAUUUGGGAUCACAUUGCCUCCGUUAGUUGUGUCACAUACGGCAUGAAUAAUUCAUACAUUAUAAGUGGCAGUGACGAUUCAAGUAUCAUUAUAUCAUCAGUUGAGGCAACAAAAUGUAUUCACAAAAUCGAUCACCACAGAGGUCCAGUGGUGCAAGUCAAAGUGAGCCAGCCUAGCGAUGUCCUGGUAUCGGCGAGUCACGAUGCCACCGUAUGUCUGUGGUCGUUGGAAAAUUUCACAUUAUUGAAUUUAAUUCAGCUUGUUAGUCCAGUUAUUGACAUACAAAUUUCCAUUGAUUCGGUCUUUCUGCUCGUGCUGUGUGAGGAUAAUGGAUUGUAUUUGAGGGCAUUAACGACUGGCACAGAGCUACAUGCAUUGAAAGGGCACAAGUCAAAGGUGCGUGCCCUCUGCCUUGCCAUGGACGGACAAAGGGCAAUUGCCGGUUGUGACGACACUCGUGCGUUGAUCUUUGACAUGCAUUCCGGAAAAUUGAUUCGAUCGCUGCCACCGAAUCCAGGACCAGUGACGGCCGUUUAUGUAAUGGAAAAGGACGAUUACCUGAUAACGGCUGGCGGCAACAAAAUCACAUUUUACUCGUUCCGCAAUGAGGAUGCCAUCACGAAUUUCUACCCGAAGAAACGUAAAUCAAUUAAGUCAUCGCAUAAUGUUCACAGUACAGCGCUGGCCAAGGCAACGCAGAAUUUUAAUACGAGUCCAGUGGCUUGUUUUGACAUAUCACGAUGCGCUCAAAUGGUUGCCGUUGCUGCAGGUAAAACAAUUCAAUUGUGGCAAAUAAAUUCACCGCAAAUCACAUCCACACUGGAGGGACACACCGGCAUAAUUACGUGCAUCAAUUUCUCCCCCAACUCGGAGUUCAUCGUAUCUGGGUCGGAAGAUAAAUCGGCGGCGGUGUGGAAUGUGCAGAUGGGUGUCAUGCAGUUGCUGUUCAAGGGUCACUUCACCGGUGUCGUGUGCGCCGUAACAAUGAUGGAUUCGCGUCGCAUCGUUUCGUGCGACCGUGAAGGCAUUUCGCACGUUUGGAUGGCCGACACCGGCACAAUUCUUCAAACGGUGCAAAGUUUGUCGAAACAUCUCGCCGUUACAAAUAACAUGAAAUACGUCGUUUGCUCAAACGGAGACAAUCAAGCGAAGAUUUGGUCUCUCACACGCGAAGACGAGAAAUAUAUCGUUUCGCAUUCGGACGAAAUCACGUGUUUUGUCAUCACAGCGGAUUCCUUGUACGUCAUUACCGGCUCCAAAGACAUGUCGUUGAAAGUGUGGCAAGCAACGGGCGGCAAAUUGACGCAAGUUCUCGUUGGCCAUACGGAUGCCGUGACAUGCGUUGCCGUUUCCAUCACACAAAAGUCCCAAGUUCUUUCGGGAUCCAAAGAUUACAAUUUAAUUCUGUGGGAUUUGCAUACCGGAGAGGAGAUCCACACACUUGCCGGGCACUUGGGACCCGUUUCUUGCGUCAAAGUCUCCGCAGAUGGCACCACCGCUGUCAGUGGCAGUGACGAUAAAACCCUAAUUGUGUGGGAAUUGAAACGCGGACUUGCAUUAACUUCGUUGCAACUUCACGUGCCAUUUACCACUUUCGAUAUUAGUUUGGAGGCAUCCCGGAUUAUCGUGCAACUUGUCGAUAGCUUGAGUUUGCCCGUGAUUUGUUUACUCAAUACGCCCGCCAAUUUCAUCAAAUUACCCACCUAUUCGGCUCCGGCUCGCGAUGUCGAGGAUUUGCGUCCAACGGGUCCAAAACGCCCGAAUCGGCGACUCCUGAAGAAGGAAGUGUCGCUCGACACGUAUACGUGGCAGAAGAAAUACGCUCAUUUGACGUCGUCCGUCAUGAUGGCGCAAGUGGACGAGAGACUGAAACGAAGAUUUUCUGUGUCGGCUAGUAUGGAGGAGAUUUCCAAAAUUGCGGAAAUGAAGACGAUCGAGUCGCAACAAACUGUGGGACCGGAACAAGCGGCACUCGCGCAAUCGCAGCACUUUGACCAGCUGGAGGCGCUGUGGAAUAAACGAUCGCCGCCAAGAAGACGAGUUAACCCAAAUUUAUCCCGCCAAGGAUCCGUUGCCGAAGACCGCAUCGACUCAUCCGACGAAGACGAAUACAUGGAGGAACGCCAAGGUACGUGGUUUCAUGCGUGUCACCUACCAACACACGACUACCUUCAACUACCGCAACUUUCCACCUGUCAAUCCCAUUUCUCGUCUCUCAUUGACGCGGCACACCCGACGUCGUCGUCGUUGUUUCCCAGUAGCUGCAGUCUGAACAACGAACGGACCGGUACUCCGACGUGCUGUGACGCAAAUAAUAAAAAUCGACGACUAUCGACGUCGUCGGUCGGUACAUUGUCUGCGGUAAACGAGGGAAGACGCAGUACUGGCUUGGGCACCCUCUUGAAAUGUCAUGUAAAUAAAUCGAAGAGCAAUAAGAGACGAGAACGGGAUCGAUUAAGUAAAUCUUGUGUGGCACAAUAGUAAAUAGAGAUUUUUUUCUCAUAGAUAUUUUACUUUUUUUUAUUACCAUUCUCUGCUCUACGUCUUAUUAUAUUUUAUAUUUAUUACACCGCACUUACUCUUCCUGCACUUUUCUUGCUCCGCACACGUUCAAGUUUAAGUAGUGCACUUUUCUAGAUGCAAUAAAAAAAAUAGUAAAGUAGUCAUCAGAGUUUCUAGAUAGCAACCAACAUAUUUUAUUUUAUUAUAUUUUCCAUUUAUUAGAAUAUUUAUUGAGUAGAAAUACACA